AUGCACAAGAAAGAGGAGUACGAAUGGAGAGCUUCAACCAACACAGCCGAAUCAACAGCCCUGAGCCCAGACAUUCCACCUGCUUUGUUUCCCCCUCAAAUCACUGUUCCCAAGCAACAACAGGUCUCCAAGACCCGAGAAAUUCCCAAGCAACAACAAGUCUCUCUGAGUAAAAUGCUAUUACAUGGGACAUAUUUAGAUGGCCAGUACCAAGGUUUCGAAUCAGCCAGUCUUCAAUCAAGCCCCAUGAAAGAUGAUGCUCAAAGCUUGCUGGAUGACUUCAACGCGAAGCAUGGCGGACUCAAGGACGUCCCAACAGCAGCGAAAUUGAUAACCAAAAAUUCGCUCGACCUUAAAGCCAGCAUGGCCGAGUUUACUCAGAGGUUCUACAAGCAACAACCCCCGAGGAAACGAAGUUCGCCUCCAAGUGAUCAUAUGAAGCUGAUGACUCGAACGAUUUCCGAAGCCCCGUCACGAACACUCACAGAUUACUUCGCUCGACAGACAAAGCUUCUCGUCACGGCUGUGGCUACACUCAACUUCCUCCCGGCAGAUCAGCCAACCCUCACUGAAGCGCGCUCAAAGACGCGAGAGGGACACAAGAUCAACGAGAAGAAUCUCGUGGAGUACAUCUUACUCCCUGCUGCGCCGGUUCCUCGCGUGACGACCUCAGAACCGCCACCCUACCCGGCUUCCCAGCUCGGAUUCGAACCUAGGGGUGAAAGGAUAAGGGGGGAUUCUUGGACCGACGUCGUUGCGGGAGAGCCAAUGGGGGAUUAG